AGAGGCCCGCCCUGGUGCUGGCUGCUGCUGGUGGCCUUAGGCAGGCGAGAGUAGAGGGGCCAGGUGCUGCCUGUCCUGCCCCCACCGUGCUGGGGCAUCCCUCCCCCUCCACUGAGUCGGCCUAGGUUAAUUAUAACUCUGACCUAAGUGCCCUGUGACGCCACGCCCCGGCGGCCCUGCCCGGAGACCCAGCAACCAGGUCCAUGUCUCAGCUAUGCUCCCUGCGGACGUGCCCCUAUCCCACCUGGGCCCCUCAGUGCUGCUGCUGCUGCAGCUACUGCUGCCCCCGGCAUCUGCCUUCUUCCCCAAUGUUUGGAGUCUCCUGGCUGCCCCCGGCUCCAUCACCCACCAGGACCUGACUGAGGAGGCGGCUCUCAACGUCACCCUGCAGCUCUUCCUGGAGCAGCCGCCACCAGGUCGGCCCCCUCUUCUUCUUGAGGACUUCCUGGGCCGCACCCUCCUGGCUGAUGACCUCUUUGCUGCCUACUUUGGACCUGGGUCUCCCUCUCGGCGGUUCCGAGCAGCCUUAGGUGAGGUGUCUCGAGCCAAUGCCGCCCAGGACUUCCUGCCAACUUCCAGGAAUGACCCUGACCUGCACUUUGAUGCCGAGCGGCUAGGCCAGGGACGCACACGCCUGGUGGGGGCUCUACAGGAGACGCUGGUGGCAGCCAGGGCCCUUGACCACAGCCUGGCCCGUCAGCGCCUUGGGGCUGCACUUCAUGCCUUGCAGGAUUUCUACAGUCACAGCAACUGGGUGGAAAUGGGAAGGCAGCAGCCACAUCCUCAACUCCUCUGGCCAAGGCAGGAGCUCCAGAGCCUGGCACAAGUGGACGAUCCUACCUGCUCCGACUGUGAGGAGUUGAGCUGCCCUGGGAAUUUGCUGGGCUUCACACUCCUCACCUCUGGCUACUUUGGAACUCAUCCUUCCAAACCUCCAGGGAAAUGUAGCCACGGGGGCCAUUUUGACCAGAGCAGCUCCCAGCCACCACGAGGAGGCAUCAACAAGGAUAGCACAUCCCCAGGCUUCUCCCCCCACCACAUGCUGCACCUCCAGGCUGCAAAACUGGCCCUCCUGGCCUCCAUCCAGGCCUUCAGCCUCCUGCGAAGCCGCCUGGGAGACAGGGGUUUCUCCAGGCUGCUGGACAUCACCCCAGCCUCUAGCCUGAGCUUUGUCCUGGAUACCACGGGCAGCAUGGGUGAGGAGAUCAACGCUGCCAAAAUCCAGGCUCGCCGCAUUGUGGAGCAGCGGCUGGGAAGCCCCAUGGAGCCCAGCCACUACGUCCUGGUGCCUUUCCAUGACCCAGGGUUUGGUCCUGUCUUUACAACCAGUGACCCUGACAGUUUCUGGAAACAACUCAAUGAGUUACAUGCCUUGGGAGGUGGAGACGAGCCCGAGAUGUGCCUGUCAGCUCUGGAGCUGGCCUUGCUACAUACACCUCCACUCUCAGACAUCUUUGUCUUCACUGAUGCCUCCCCCAAGGAUGCCUUUCUCACCAACCGGGUGGAAGCCCUGACUCAGGAGCGGUGUUGCAGAGUCACAUUCCUGGUGACUGAAGACCCAUCUAGGUUUCAUGGCCGAGCUCGACGUGAGGUCUUGUCCCCUCUGCGUUUUGAGCCAUAUGAAGCAGUGGCCCUGGCCUCAGGAGGAGAAGUGAUCUUCACCAAAGACCAGUAUAUUCGGGAUGUGGCAGCCAUUGUUGGGGACAGCAUAGCUGACCUGGUGACCCUGCCCCUGGAGCCUUCUGUUGUUGUGCCUGAGAGGCCACUUGUGUUCAGUGUGGAUGGGCGGCUCCAGAGGGUCACAGUCCGGAUCCACGGGGAAGUCAGCAGUUUCUGGAUCAGGAAUCCUGCAGGAGUCUCCCAGGGCCAGGAGGAAGGUGACGGGCCUCUAGGUCACACUCGCCGCUUCGGGCAGUUCUGGAUGGUGACCAUGAAUGACCCCUUGCAGACAGGAACCUGGGAGAUCCAGGUCACAGCCAAGGGCAUCCCCCGGGUAAGAGUGCAAGCCCAGACCUCCCUGGACUUCCUCUUCCACUUUGGGAUCCCCAAGGAGGAUGGACCCCACCCUGGCCUCUACCCCCUGACUCAACCAGUUGCAGGUCUCCAGACCCAACUGCUGGUCGAAGUGACAGGGCUGGGCUCCAGAGGACACCCUGGAGAUCCUCUGCCACAUUUCUCCCAUGUUGUCCUUCGAGGAGUCCCGCAGGGUGCUGAGCUGGGCCAGGUGCCUUUGGAGCCCGUGGGACCCCAGGAGCGAGGUCUCUUUGCUGCCUCUCUACCGCCCACACUUCUGUCCACUGCGGGACCCUUUUCUCUGGAGAUUAUUGGCCAGGAUGGAGCGGGGCAGGGCCUACACCGGGCAGCCCCCCAGCCCUGUGCUGUAGUUCCUGUCCUUCUGGAGCUCAGCGGUCCCCCAAGUCUCCUGGCGCCGGGAACCAAGGCCCCGCUCAGCCUCCACAUUGCCAGUUUCUCAGGCCCUCGGGAUCUUGAUCUUAGGACAUCUGUCAACCCCAGCUUCACUCUCACCUCCAACCUCUCCAGGGUUAGCCUAGAACAGAAUGAGUCUGCCUGGGGGCGCCUGUGGCUGGAGGUCCCAGACUCAGCUGCCCCGGACUCUGUGGUGAUGGUGACGGUGACUGCGACAGAUCGAGAAGCCAGCACAGUGCCCCCAACCCAUGCCUUCCUCCGGCUCCUGGUGCUGCCCCCGGCCCCACAGAACCAGCUCCCUGCUCCUGUCUACUCCACUGACCCUGUCCUCACCACAACCAGCCCUACCCUUCAUCCUUCUACUUCGGUGACUCGGGGCGGAGCUGGGGGAGGGCUAGUAGGCAACCCGUGGUGGGGCACAGUUGGAGGGGCGCUGAUCCUGCUAGGCCUGGCCUCCUGCUGACACAACAGCCCCUCGAGGGAUGGGUCUCCAGCGGUAUUUGCUAUCUUGCCCCAUUGGUGAGAAGGCAACAUGGGCCUCAGGACCCUACUCUCCCAGGUAGGAUGGCGGUUUUCCUUCUCAUGCACUUAUCCCGUCUCUUUCUUAGCAAGAUUGUAGUGGAGGGCAAUGGAUUCUCUCAUAAUGCACUUUCCCUAAUCCUUGUGGGAACCAAACCAAAGACUCAUUUCUGGAGAAAGUUGCUUUCUAUUCCUCUGUAGCAUCUUUAUCCCACUACUUAUUCAUGCUCUCUCAGGCUCAGGUAGAGGGGAAGAUAAUGUGGGGGCAGAGAUUAAGAUUUGGAGUGUGAGGAAGGUAUUCCACCUCCUACCAAAAUGUAUUAUUUAUAAAAUUGUUUUUAUUGAAAUUCUA